ACGUCCAUCCCCACGACAAACAGGCCCCAUUUCCAUCUCCCACUCAAAGCUACCCCUCUCUUUAGUCUUAUCCUUCUUCACAAAUAUCUCCUGCUCCUACCAAAUCCCUUUUCUGUUGAAGCAAUCUGAUGAUAAACGGUAUGGAACUCAGUUCUUUGCAUUUGAAGUGCACUCUGCCUUCGGUUCGCUCUCUGCGCCGCCUUGCGUCUCCGUUCUCCAAGAAUCCCAACCCUAGGCUUUGUUGGAAAAGGAGAAGUGGGUUUUGUUUUGCGUCCAGUUCUGAUACUUUAUUGGCUGGUUCGAGGAAGGAAGAUGGGAAGCAGAGGAGUGAAGUUGUGAGCAAGAAAGAAGAUGAAUUUGGAGACUUGAAAUCUUGGAUGCACAAGAAAGGGUUGCCUCCAUGCAAGGUUGUGCUCCAAGAGAGGCCAUCUCAUGACGAGAGGCAUCGCUCUAUACAUUACAUUGCAGCGAGCGAGGAUCUAGAGGCGGGUGAUGUUGCGUUUUCGGUGCCAAAUUCGUUAAUUGUGACGCUUGAGAGAGUGCUGGGGAAUGAAACUGUCGCGGAGCUUCUGACCACAAACAAAUUGUCAGAAUUAGCAUGCUUAACUUUGUACUUAAUGUAUGAGAAGAAGCAAGGAAAGAAAUCAUUCUGGUAUCCUUAUAUCAAAGAGCUUGAUCGUCAAAGAGGGAGGGGCCACCUGGCGGUGGAAUCUCCUCUUCUGUGGUCAAAAGCUGAAUUGGCUUACCUAACUGGUAGCCCCACUAAGGAUGAAGUUCUUGAAAGAGCUAAAGGUAUAAAAAGAGAGUAUGACGAGCUUGACACUGUCUGGUUUAUGGCUGGGUCUCUGUUUCAGCAAUACCCAUAUGAUAUACCUACUGAGGCCUUUCCAUUUGAGAUUUUCAAACAAGCCUUUGUUGCAGUACAGUCUUGUGUAGUGCAUUUACAGAAAGUCAGUUUGGCUAGAAGAUUUGCUUUGGUUCCACUUGGACCCCCACUGCUAGCUUACAGCAGCAAUUGCAAGGCAAUGUUAAGUGCUGUUGAUGGUGCUGUUGAACUGGUGGUUGAUCGUCCAUAUAAGGCUGGGGAAUCCAUUGUUGUCUGGUGUGGACCUCAGCCUAACUCAAAAUUGCUUAUUAACUAUGGCUUUGUUGAUGAAGAUAAUUCCUAUGAUAGGAUGGUGGUUCAGGCAGCCUUGAAUACCGAGGAUCCUCAAUAUCAGGAUAAGAGACUGGUUGCUCAAAGGAAUGGUAGACUGUCAGUACAAGUUUUUCAUGUUUGUGUGGGGAAGGAAAAAGAAGCUGUCUUAGAUAUGCUUCCAUAUUUGCGAUUGGGCUAUGUUACCGAUCCUUCUGAUAUGCAAUCUGUUCUUUCUUCUCAAGGUCCAGUUUGCCCGGUGAGUCCCUGUAUGGAACGAGCAGUGUUAGAUCAGCUUGCUCAUUAUUUCAGGGGACGCCUCACUGGCUACCCUACUACACUGGAUGAAGAUGAGUCUUUGUUGUCAGAUCCUAAUUUGAACCCUAAAAGACGAGUUGCCACUCAGAUUGUGAGGUUGGAAAAGAAGAUGCUCCAUGCUUGCCUGGAGGCAACAGUACAUUUGAUAUACCAGUUACCUGAUGAUGCUGUAGCACCAUGCCCUGCACCUUAUGCUCCUAUAUUGAAAUAAAAGAAAUACCAGUACCCACUGUAACUUAGCAAAACUCUGGAACUUCUUGGCAGUACUUGGGCAUAUAUUGUUGCAUGGGUGAGCAUUUGUCAGGUAUAUUAAAGAAUUGUGACUCCUUAAGGCACAGCUAAGGCAGAUGGGAAGUUUAUUACUGGCAUUGAUGAGAGGAAAUUGUGCUUGUUUCUGGCAGUGGAAGCCGGGAUGUGCCUUUUCUACUGGUUCUUAUUCUUCAGCAUAUAUGUAGCUCCUGUCCCCCUCUUGAUUAUUUCUUAUUCUCAUCAAGUAGAGAGCUCCAUUAAUAUUAGUAAAUUUGGGAUGAUCUGUGGCUCGAGGCCUAGAGUGCAUGGGGUAAUUUGGCUAUUCAUGAAUAAUUGGUUUUUCCUUGUAAAUACAGACUUAGAUGAUCAUCCUUGAGUGGAUCGAUCUUCUGUCAAUUUUAUAAUGCUGUAAUUCAUCUUACCA